UAUUGCUGUAUUCAGCGUGACAGGUUAUCUAGACCGUAAUUUAAUCAGGAGCCCUACCUUCCCUCAAAUUCAAAACCCUAAUUUACGAAACUUCAGCCUUUGUGCUUCGGUGCGAUCCCCAAUUUCAUCGGAGGGGAUAUAAUUUACAGUUCUCAGGAAAAUGAGCAGCCGUAGUACAAGCAGAACUCUCUAUGUUGGGAAUCUGCCUGGUGAUAUACGCGAGAGAGAGGUCGAAGAUUUGUUUUUGAAGUAUGGACGCAUAGCCCAUAUUGACUUGAAGGUUCCCCCAAGGCCUCCUGGUUAUGCAUUUGUUGAGUUUGAAGAUGCUCGUGAUGCUGAAGAUGCACUUCGUGGUCGUGAUGGCUAUGAUUUUGAUGGUCAUCGUUUACGGGUUGAACUUGCACAUGGAGGGCGUGGACAUUCAUCUUCGUCAGAUCGUCAUAGUAAUUAUAGUGGUGGUCGAGGUGGGCGUGGGAUGUCCAGGCGCUCAGAUUUUCGUGUGUUAGUCAGUGGACUACCCUCUUCAGCUUCAUGGCAAGAUCUUAAGGAUCACAUGCGACGGGCUGGAGAUGUCUGUUUCUCCCAAGUUUUUCGUGAUGGUAGUGGCACAACAGGGAUUGUGGAUUACACUAACUUUGACGACAUGAAGUAUGCGAUCAAAAAGCUUGAUGGCUCUGAGUUCCGGAAUGCCUUUUCUCGCUCUUCUGUUCGUGUGAGGGAGUAUGAUUCGAAGCGGGACUCAUCUAGGAGCCCUAGUCGUGGUAGAUCUCAUUCAAGAGGCAGGAGCUACAGUCGUAGUCGUAGUCGAAGUUAUAGCCGGAGCAGAAGCAGGAGCAAGUCUCCGAAAACCAAAUCUUCACGCCGCUCACCUGCUAGAUCUCGAUCGAGGUCUGCUUCUCCGCUUCGCUCGCGAUCAAGAUCUCGCUCUCCGUUAGGAUCACGAUCAAGAAGCAGAUCUCCACUGCCUUCGAAACACAUAAGUAAAAGCCCGAAGAAACACAUAAGUAAAAGUCCAAAGAAGCGUAGUGCUAGCCGGAGUCCAAGCCGGAGCCGGAGCAGGAGCAGGAGUAGGAGUUUGUCACGGUGAUACUUGAUCCCUUACCCGAAGCUACCAGCAGGAGGGAGCUUCACUAUGGUUGUUAAAGCAGUGGAAGUGGGACACCUUUUAUUUAUCCGACUUUUAAGUUUAUGGAUGGAUUCAUUUUGCAAGCCAUUGUGUUGGUUGCAUUCUUGUUUAACUGAAACAGAUGUUUUACCAUCUUCGCACCUUGUAAUGAAUAUGAGAUUUUUGCUAUGUUGCUGUUGGAAGUUUCGGAGUAUGUUUUC